AUGGAUUCUGAUUCCGACACCACAGUGCAGAAGCAGCUCGAUGCAGCGAUGCCAUGGGUGGGCUUAUACAUCGCCGCGGCUUCUGCACUGUGCAUCCUUGCAAUGGCAGUCGACGCUUUCAACAGCUUCCGGCGCAAGAAGCUAUGGUUUCCCUGCAAAUACGCCUCUCUCAAUGGCGCUUCUUUGACUCUACUAGCCGUGGCAAUGAAGCUGCCCAUGGAUAUCAACACCGUCAUGACCAACUCCGAGACAGAUACAUCUGCAAAGUUCACAAGCUUGCUCUUCAUGUUCACAGCUCUCAACAUUGUGAUGCCUUCUUUGGGAUCCAUGGACGACAAAGAUCUUCUCACAAGUUGCGUCGGCCUAGCCCUUCUCGUGGUCACCAUCACGGCUAAUAUCGCCAUUCAUACCAUAGAGGUACAACGUUUCCUAUCACGAGCAAUGAUCCCUUCUGUUGCGAUGUUAGUUUCUCUUGCGAUGCUAGUUUGCCUGGCGCUUAGCGUGUCAGCGAUGAAGAAGAGUCUGAAACAAAAGUACGAAGAGAAGCACAGAGAAGCUUUGGAGAAGGAGGAGGAACUGGUGGAGGGCUUCAAGAUGGCUGAUCAGAGAAGACAGAUGAUGAAAUACUGGGUGAUGGCAGAGAGCAGCUGCCCUCAGUUUGUGAUAGCGCGUUCUUGUGUUUGCGCAGCUUCAUCAAUGAUCACCUCAUUUUUUGGCAUCAUAUAUACUGUGGUUCAUGUUCUUGACGGGACAAGCGCGAAUGCGCCGGGUAAGACGCCCUAUGGAGUUUACACCAAAAGGAUUGUAGCAGUUCAGUCCCAUGGAGUGGGGAUAGCAGUGAUUCUGGCUAUGUUGAGAUGGUUAGUCGCCCUUGUGUUUCGUUGCUCAUCAACAAACACUUGGAUGAUUGAAAGUUACUGGAUUCAGACGCUCAACGACUGCAGAAACAGCUCCGCAGGCAUACAACUUGAGCCAAACAGAUGGGGCAAAUGUCUUUUCAAUGCAAAAUGGUGUGUGCUAACUUUCUGCAUUGGAGUUCAGAGGUUUAUUGUUCUUGCAAGCAAAACCCUCAUCUUCUUUUCUGGCUUCAUGUUGGCUCCACUUGUGUUGUGCUGCUCUCACAUCAACAAGUUUGCGAGAAGGCAUCAUGGUACAUCAUCGGGUUGUGACGACAUGGAUCUGAGCUACCUAAGCAGUUAUGUUCUGUUACUAGAUGGCGAGGUGGAGCUGCCGACAAGCUUGGUGAGAAGCAUGUGCCGCGAGGCUGAUGGCAUGAUUAAGAUAGGUAGAGAGAAGAAGCCCUCCAACCUAAUAAAUCUUCUAAGCAAAUCUGAUAGCUCAAAUACUAGCCAAAUUACAACCUUAGAGUUAGCUCAUGAUUGUUGGACUCUACAAGUUGUCACUCUCACAAGCAUUGCCCUUGCCCUUCCCAAAAUCUCCCAGCAUCAAUGCAAGCAGUUGUUGAGCAGUGUGAGUGAAGGCCUUUCUCUUGCAACAACAGUCGAAAAAACUUUGGGCACAAAUGCAGAACUUAAGAGCAUUAGGAAUGCUGCAAGUUCUACUUGGGUGGAACUGCUAGUUUACUCCAAGUGGGUACAGAUCGAUCUCAGAAAUGGUUUUUUAUGGUGUAGAAACAGCAAGCAAGUCUUGCAAGAGCUCUCCGAUAAAGCUGAAGAGAUCGUCAUGGAGUGGAAGAAUGGAUCGCAAGAUUCCAAUAUGGGAAAUCCUCUAAACUUCCCAGCAAGAGUUGUGGCUGCAAACUCCAUGUACAGAAUUUGUCAGACCAUAUUAUUGUCCUAUGGUGAAGAGGAAAGCUGUGAGGAAAUGUGGGAGAGAUUAUGUGUUAUGAUCGCAGAUGUUUUGGCAGCGUGUCUCACCGAUUUGCCACAUGCUAUAACCAAAAUGUGUCACCAGAGUUGCAUUGAAAAGAGAGACGAGAGUGUGCGCGAAGCAUUUAUGCUUUUGGGAAAGACAGAAGAAGUUGUUGGAAUUGUUCGACGACAAAGACGGGUGUGUAUCAAUCAUGACGAAGACGCUUUGACGAUGUCAAGCAUGAACGUGUUGGCUGUAACAGUGGAUUGUUGA